AUACAUGCGCUGAGGGCCCUUCCUCCAACAGAAAUUCCAGUCGUGAAUAUUGCAGCCUUGUAAGUCCAACGGAAUUUUGCAGCGAACAACACAGGAUUAGUACAGCGAAAAUCUUCCUCUAAACGCAGUGACUGACUAGCCUAACCUGCGCUGCACAUCCAUACCUUUGGAUUGCUUGGCCCGUUUCAAUUUUAUUGCUACUCGAAAGCCGAAUCAACAAGGUGCUCAUGGGUCAAAGACAUCAGCUCUAUGUGGUAGCGCGGAUCGGUGGGGCAUACCGGCGCAUUGUUGGAUUGCAUCAUCAGUGGUACUACGGGAAAGCUGCACUUGAAGGCGCCGUACGAUUCAUGAAGGCAUGCCAACAUCCUUUCAAUAUUCAUUCCAUACUUUCGGAAUUAUAUCAUGUGGACCUCGAUUCAGUCCCUGAAGACCUGAAUCCGUGCCCUUUUAUAGCGUCACUGCUCUGGGGCUGCAUAUCGAACCGCGUCACUGCAUCGGCACCUUCUCUGGGAUGUCAGAAUACGGAUAUGAUCUCAGACAAGGACAAUAAUGAUGGCAUCACCGUAUUCGACAUCACAGACCCUUCCAAUCCACGCUACUGCUUCGUUAGUGUCAGUGGUCUUGAGGCGGCGAUAAUCGAUAAAUGCGAUGCAUUCGUACCUCUGACUGGGAAAACUUAUGGGAGGGCUUAUUAUCCAUCCGGGCAGGUCCCCAGGACCGCUGGAGACCGGGGAUGGGAGCAAGCAGUGGCUGCCGCUAUCGGGUCGAUUAAGGAGUUUGAAACAAUUCCGUACGAAACUCUGAAGCUUUGUUGGCCCCACGAGUUUGGUCGUAACAUUCCUGCCGGACACGAUGGUGGAUUAAGUGGGCAGCGAGAGCGAGCUGUCCCUCCGACCCUAUCUCUUUAUGCCCUCAUGAAAAUCCCAUGUACAGAAUGGACACAGGUCCCAGAGCAGGUGGUCAGGGCUUGUGCCAAAAUUUCAGGUGCCCACAACCAAUAUCCUGAGCCACUCACGCAACGCCUGCUGUCGGUUCUCAAGGAGGGAGUGCUCGAUCUAGGCGGCAUCUCGAUUACACUCACAGAAGUCAUCCAAAUAGUCCAUGGUAUCCCUUUCUUGGCACAGAACACUCUUUAUCUCAACCUCUCGACCUGGAUGAAUCCCGAGGGAGGAUUGGUAAAACUUUCUGAUCUUGCAGCGCUGAGACAAUGCUUCCCCCAGCUCCUCUGCGUGAAUGCCAUAGGGAAUCAGCAUUUCCAUGCCGUAUCAGUCUCGGAAUGGUACGAAAGCGAUUCUCCCUCGUUUGUCAUAUUUCGGCAUCUCAUCCACCCCCAUUCCGCAUUCUUACUCGGUUAAAGCCCUUAUGGCCCGGAGAACAGGAUUAUGUCUUACGUUUUGGACAGCCAUUCUUCCCCCAGGACCAGUGAUGUUCCGUGUCAUAUAUCACUUUUUGAGGGCAUUCGAUGAUCCGGAAGAUUAUGACCCUCGUAGUCUAGUGAGGAGGUGCAUCAUGCGGUCAAUCCUAGCCAUCGUGGAUGAUUCUGCGAUCCCAGUUCUGAUGCCUGCUGUGAUUGUCGAUCACACGCUUCCAUGCACGGGUUGGACACUUGUGAUGGACGACCCAUUCCAGAAACUGGGGGGAAGAGAUGAUGCCUGGAAAUAUGCCUUUGUGCGGUCUACUUCAGAAGCUAGCGAACCCGAAG